AUGUCUUCCAGAGACAUUUACGACAAGGCAACAGUCUAUAAUCCUGUGGACACUCGCACCAAACCUCCUCAAAGUAGCAAUCCUUCCAAUAAGCUUUCUUCCUCUCACUCCAAAGUUCCUUCCUCCAAUCGACCAUCUUCUUCCGCUGCCCCAAAAGCAUACACUACACUCGAAAGAGACAAUAAAUCGACAAAUAAAGGUAUGUCUCAACAGCACACCUUACUUCAAAGAGAUGGACAGGCUUCUUCUUCCCGUGGACACACUUCAGGUUCUCAUGAUCGUACUCAGCUCAACAGAGACCAACAAUCAUCAUCAAGCUCAAGACAGCCAAGCAUGAUGCGCGCAGCAACAACUGCUCCUCCAGAUGCGAAGAGCAAGUUCAAGUCUCAGCAUGAUAUUAAUAUGGCCUCUCAACAAGUCAGAUACCAGGAAAUGAAUUACGAAGAGAAGAAGAAACAGGACGAAUGGGUCCGUAACUUCAUUGUCUAUGCCGGACCAUGCCCAUUUGGGUACGGCUGGGAGCGAGUCAAACAUGGAUAUGUCUGUAAUGGCGGGAAUCAUUUGUGCACCGAUGAUCUUCUGGCUGAAAGUAAAGGCGGCUUUUACAUAGGAACUCUCGAAGCCGGAUGGUGGGGCCCAAUCUACGACUCAAGCAAACAUUUACGAUUAGAGUUCGCAGAGACCAUAGUCUGGGAGUACGCCAAGAAGCACGGAUUAGACCCAACAGUGGCUCCCGUAGUCCCACCACCUAAUAUACCAGCAACUCAUGAAGUCCACCCGGGAUUUGCAAAAGCAAUGGCAGGUCUGGGACCCGUGCCACAAGCUGCCCCAAUUGAUCAUGUCCUGGAGAAAUUCAAGCGAGUAGGUGAACUUGAGAGAAUUGUUAGAUCCUAUCAUAUUUCCGGAACAUCAAGUCACCAUGCGUCGAAUGGCCAUCACUUAUCCAGUGGCCGUCACACAUCCAGCGGAUAUUACUCAUCCGGAGUAACACCUCAGCUCAGCACCCUCUAUGGACCAGGAGGUCUACCAAAUCGACUUGCAAUGAGCACGAGCAAUGGUUCUCUAUCCCAAGGAGGUCAACUCCCACUUGGAUAUCUACCAGCUGCUUAUCGCAAUGAUCCAUAUGGACAGGGACCAAUAGGCCGCCGCAGAUAUUAA